GCUCUGCGGCGGGACGGCGAGGUGCAGGGCGUCGCACGUGCCCAGAUUUGUCAUUUCGGUGGGGGAGCUAGGUGAUUAAGCGUUUAAUCUCGUUCGUCCGUAUGUAUGUGGUACGUAUCCAUGCAUACGUAAAUAAUCAAAUCUACUCCAAGAAUUAGUCAAUAUGUUGGCAUCUAUGAGUAUAUGUAUAUAUACAGUACGACCAAUACGCCCGACACGCAGUGUUACAUAUUUCCCUGGCUUAAAACAAGCAUAAAUGUAUUGUAUUGGCGAAUUUAAUCCCGAGCAACAACAUCGAUUGAGAAACCGCAGUUGACUUGAGGGAGGAUAUAGACGGAAAGUCAUGAUUAUCAGAUGCCUAUCGGCGUGUUAUCUCCCUCCGUUAAGCAAUAGAUAAUGCGAUACUAAUAUACCUUUGUACAUGCACAUGUAAGCAUACAUACAUUGGUAGAUAGAUACAGGCAUGUAUGCAUAUCUAUAAAUCUAUAUGCACGGCUAUACGUCAAUAUAUUUAUAUACGUUCACUAUACUGACAUAUUCAAUGAAAUGGGCCAAAACGGAAGUACGCACCAUGGGCAUUGGGGACGUGGUCGAACUUUCCGACGAGCAACCCUUGGUGUGCUGGGAAAAAAACAUUCUCAACCUAGCAAAAUCCUGUCGCACACAUUUGCGUAUGAUGAUGAGGGUCUUAAGGUUGACCGGAUGAAUUUGAACACAGCUACGGAAGAAGAAUUGAUGACAUUGCCAGGAAUAAACAGGGCAGUGGCCAGGAAUAUAGUUUGUCAUAGACAGGCGAUAGGGAGAUUUCACAGGGUCGAGGACUUGGUUUUAGUUUCGGGAGUGGGAGCUUAUAAACUGGAAUUGGUUCGGCCUGAAAUCUGCGUGGCAUCUACUGAUGCCAGCACAAGUUCAUCUCAAGCUUCGAUAAGCUUGAACUCUUCGGGGAAUACUGGGAGUUUGCUGGAUGUUAAUAGUGCAAGUGUUUUUGCAUUGCAAGGAAUCCCAGGCUUGAAUCAGGAAUUGGCAGCUAACGUUGUUGAAAGGAGACACAGGCGAGGAUUUUAUCAAUCGCUAGAUGAACUAGCAAAGGUCCGAGGGAUUGGAAAACAUCGUUUGGCGAUAAUCAAGCCUUUUCUGAAGAUCGUCGUUGACUCGGAUGGAUCUGUUACCCCAACCCCUAGCAACGGUACAUCCUCUUCUUUGGGAACAAAUCCACAGAUGACAAGUACCCCUGUUUCUAACGGUGUAGUCAGAAAUUCGAACAAGGUGCCUCGAAUCAAUGGAAUAAAUCCAAGUGCUCAUGUCACCAAUAACAUUGAAACAAGCUCCGGAAUAACUGAAGAUGAAAUUUGGGAGCUACUCAGUGUUGCCAGUCCUCGGCCUCUGACACCCAGCAACUUUUCUAGCAGACUCGACGGAAGGACCUCCUUCAGAAUUGCCACAUGGAACCUAGAGAAUUUCAGCGUUGACAAGGCCUGCAACCCAGGCGUACGAGAAGUUAUAUGUCGGACUAUACUGGAGAACAGAUUAUCUUUGCUAGCAUUACAAGAGAUUGAGAGCAGUGAAGCUCUGGCUAAAAUAACGCUAGAAUUAAAUAGCCCUAUUCUUAAACGGGUUCGCGAUUGGCAAGGAAACCGCAGGGUUUGGCGAUCCCUACACUUAGGACAAGGACUUGCUAUUCUAUGGGACACGGACGGGAAAAUUCGUAUAUCCCUUCAGCAUCAGCCGUCGGCAGCAACGGAUUCAGUACCCACUGCUGCCUGCGCGACAUUUCACAUCAACAAGGUUACUAUAACGGUUGUAAACGCGGCACUGCACGGCGUCCGAGAUCGAAGGGUGAUAGAUGAUUACUGCAGAUUCGAAAAUACUCUUGUGCUUGGAGAUUUUUCCAAAAUCAACGGCGUGGAAAAUCUUGAUCUCGAAUUGCCCCACAACGAAAAUACGGCUGUUCAUCCUGAAGGAUUAUUUUUCAACGACAAUAUCGCAUGGAGUCGUAAAUCUAGAGCAGUGCUGCGAACCGGGCAUUCGGGUAUUGUCAAGCAGGGUCUAACGCACCUGGGUAUACCUCGAGGUUGGAAAUGGGGUGGCGCAGUUUCAACCCACUGUCCGGUAUGGUGCCAGAUAUAUUCACAGCCUAAUGAUUAAUAAUAUUUCUUUGCCCGUCCGGCAAUCUUCUCAGAGAAAAAUGUCACAAAGUUGCAGACUGAGGAACAUCCACUUCAUGCUUUUUCUGACAACGAGACAAACUUUCCAAUAACAGAUCAAACGAUCUAAUCAAUUAUGUUUCUGGUGCAAUAUUUGUUUUUUCUAGUUUCUUUCAUUUUCCGUUCAAUUCUGCUCAUUUUAUAAGUGUAACGAUAAGUUCAGGAGAUAUCAUUGCAAAGUAAUUUGCAAAGCAGCUAAUAUUUAGGUAAAUGGCAAAGUUCCAUGCUCAAAUCGUCGAGGUGCCUCGAUUAUUCCGUUCAAGUGUUUCAUAGCAUUAAGUAUUCUAUGAACAUUGAGUCGUCGGUAUAAAUACUUAUACCUAUCGGUGGUUGUGUGCGAAAAACAGCCGAUGUGUCGGAGAAGUUGUCUGGUCCAUCUUUGGCUCACAAUCAGUUUUGUAGUCUUUACGGGGAGUAUUGAGAAACAAAAGGUAAUUGUAACUUACGACGAGUGUACGGAAUGUGAUAUACAUAUGUACAUACAUAUAACGAUAAGUAUAUGUAUAUAUUUGUCUUUGGUUAUUUUGUUGAUUAAGUUUUAUUUCGCCUGCGGGCAUUUAACAAAAUGAAGAGUUGAGUAUUCCAAUAAAACCUACGAUGCUGGUCAAUCGUAUUUACUGAUCUCUGUUGUGUGAUAGGACGAGAUAAUUACACGCAAAUUAUAAUUAAAAUAAAUAAAAUCUAUUUCUGGAAUCCAA